AUGAGGCUGUGUAACCGGGGUGUGAUGAUGCUGCUGACCACGGCGGGGGCUUUCUGCGCCUUCAGCCUCAUGACCAUCGCCGUGGGCACGGACUACUGGCUGUACUCCCGCGGGAUGUGCCGCUCCAAGAACCUGAACGACAACGAGACCGUCCGCAAGAACGAGGAAGUCCUGACCCACUCCGGUCUGUGGAGGACCUGCUGCACGGAGGGGACGUUUCGGGGUGUUUGCAAAGACAUUGAUCACUUUGCUGAAGAUGGAGACUAUGAGCAGGAUGCUGCAGAAUAUUUACUGCGAGCAGUUCGGGCCUCCAGCCUCUUCCCCAUCCUCAGUGUGGGGUUAUUAUUUCUCGGAGGUGUGUGUGUAGCUGCCAGUGAGUUCUACAAGUCACGCUACAAUGUCAUUCUCAGCGCGGGUAUACUCUUUGUCUCUGCAGGUCUCAGUAACAUCAUUGGCAUCAUUGUGUACAUAUCAGCCAACUCAGGCGACCCCAGCCAGAGCGACAACAAGAAGAGCUACUCCUACGGCUGGUCUUUCUAUUUUGGGGCUUUGUCCUUCGUGCUGGCUGAGAUGGUGGGCGUCCUGGCAGUGCAUGUGUUCAUAGAGAAGCACAGGCAGCUGCGCACGAAAGGUCGGCCUUCCCUCAUCAAGCCACCCAUCUCCCGUAGCUCAUCUUACUACCGCAACCGAUACUACCAGAACCGCAGCCGCCGAUACAGUUACAGGAGCAACCACAGCGCGGGGGACUCCACCUCACACUCUUUUCGAGCGUCCUUGGUGCAAGAGCGAGAGCCGUCCCUCUCCACCGAAUCCAAACUCACCGGCAUGGCAGCGCCACUGACAGUGGGCUCAGAGUUCAUGCUUUACACCUUAACCUCGCCACUCAAAGACGGUAAGAUUGACGUGGCUGUGGAUGAUUUAACUACUGCAGUCGCUCACAACAACACAGACAUUCUGCCUGGAAACUGUGCUGCCAACAGAAGGACCACGCCUGUGUGA